AUGGAGCCACCGACCGCAGAAGCGGUACUGCAAGGCGUUUUCACUCUGUACAACGAUCCGAAUAAUGUGGAAAAGGAGAAAGCCUCAAAGUGGUUAGAAGAAUUUCAGAAAUCGAUUCAUUCCUGGAAGAUAGCCGAUGAGCUACUGCGGCAGAAACAUGAUCUUAAUUCCUGCACAUUCGCGGCCCAGACGAUGCGGAACAAGAUACAGAACAGCUUUCACGAGCUGCCGGAAAGCGCACACGAAUCCCUGCGGCAGUCGCUGCUGGAACAUCUUAGCCACAUUACGAUAGAAACCAAGUCGGUGAUUGUGACGCAGCUGUCGCUAGCGUUGGCCGACCUAGCACUGCUAAUGUCUUCCUGGCAGAAGCCGGUCGCCACACUGCUGCAGCGCUUCUCGAGCAACCCGAACAUGAUGUACGCACUGAUCGAGCUGCUGACGCUCAUCCCGGAGGAAGUGAACUCGCGCCACCUAAGGCUCGGUGCGAAUAGGCGGAAAGAGAUACUGCUAGACCUAGAGGCAGACUCCACGUUGGUCGGCGAAUAUUUGACGCUCUGUCUCAUGAACGGCAACGAAAACGAGCUGCUCCGCACGAAGAUACUAAAGUGUUUCACCUCCUGGGUGCAGAUCAAUGCAUUUAAGUUGCCCGAGAUAAGCGAUAAUAUGAUCAUUGUGUACUGCUUCCAGCUGCUAAGUAGUGGCACGACCAGCCCGGAUUUACACGAGUCGGCCACGGAUUGUCUCUGCUCACUGCUAACCUGCAUGGAGCUGAACAAUUCGCGCGGUGGCCUAGACGAUAAGCUGUUCGGUGGUAUCAUGUGCCUGGAGGAGGCGUACAACAUGUCGGUCGCACAGGAAGAUCUCGACAAGUCGAUGAAUCUUUGCCGGCUUUUCACGGUGCUGGUUGAGAGCAAUUUGACGCGGAUGGUGGCCUUAUCGGAUGACGAGACGCCGCACUGUUCGGUGAAAUCGCUCGAUCUGGUGCUAAACUGUGUCGGACACUACGAUUACGAGGUGGCCGAAAUCACCUUCAACAUGUGGUACCGGUUGAGUGAGGAUUUGUACCAUCGGAACAAUUAUCAGCUGACGGCACACUUUAAGCCGUACGUGGAGCGUCUCAUAGCGGCACUGUACAAACAUUCGCAGCUUGACCCCGAUCAUGAUGGGUUGGUCGAGGAGGGUGGAUCAUUUAAGGAUUUCCGAUUCAAGGUUUCAGAGAUAAUCAAGGACGUCAUAUUUAUCGUCAGCUCGAUCAGCUGUUUCAAGCAGAUGUUCGUCGUACUGCAAAGCUCGAAUGUGUCCUGGGAAUCGAGCGAAGCGGCACUAUUCAUCAUGCAGAACGUAGCGCGCAAUAUCCUGCCAGAGAUUAUGGAAUUGGGAGAGCGUGAGAUACCAACGUCGAGGUUCAACCAGCUUUGUCAGGAGAGCGAGGUCGUGCCGAAGGUGGUCGAGGCGAUACUGAACCUGCCGGAAAAUUGUCACAUCGCGAUCCGCUACACAUCGAUCAGCAUUUUAGGCGAACUGUGUGACUGGAUCGAUUCGAACCCGGAAACGCUCCAGCCGGUGCUGAACUUUCUGCUGUUUGCGCUGCAGCAAAAGAAUGGGCUAGCGACGGCGGCCGCCAACUCACUGCAAUCGAUCUGCUCCACGUGCAAAAAGCAUAUGCUCGGUCACAUAAGCGGGCUGAUGGAGAUAGCGCGAUGUUUGGACAGCUUCGACAUACAGACGGAAUCGGCGAUCGGGCUGCUGAAGGGUAUAUCGAUCAUUAUUGGACGGCUGCCGGGUGGACAGCUUACACCGGCCAUGCAAGAACUGUGCAGCUUCCAGGUGGAGGCACUCAGCCGGCUGACAAACGGUGAUAUAGAGGGGCUGGAUGGGAAGAAGUGCCGGUCCGAUCCGGCCUUUUGGUUAGAUCGGUUAGCUUCCAUCUACCGGCACGUUAACCCGACCGUCGGCAAUAAUGAGGUGAACCCGUGCGCGUUCGUCAUCAUCAACAACUGGAAUGUGCUGUCGCGGGCACUGGAACGGUAUAAAAAUGAUUCGAAAAUAAUGGAACGCAUCGUGCGCUGUAUCCGGUACGCCAUACGGUGUAUCGGGAAGCAGGCGAUGCCGAUACUGGAGCCGCUGGUAAAGCAAAUCAUCACCAUCUACUCCGGGCACAAUCACAGCUGUCUGCUGUACCUUGGCAGCAUACUGGUGGAUGAGUUUGCGUAUGAAGAAGGUUGCACCCAGGGGCUGCUUAACAUGCUGCAGGCAUUUAUCGAACCAACGUUCGGUGUGCUGCAGAUGGAGAACGGGCUGAAAAACCAUCCGGACAUGGUGGAUGAUUUCUUCCGGCUCGCAACGCGAUUCAUACAGCGUGCUCCGUUGCAAUUCCUCCAAUCACCGCUCGUAACGCCAAUCAUACAGUGCGGACUGUUGGCGUGUACGCUAGAUCACCGCGAGGCCAACAUAUCUGUGAUGCGGUUCUUCUGCAGCCUGUUGCGCCACGAUCGGGUGAACGAUCUCGAACCGAUCGUGCAGUCGAUAUUGGCGUCGCACGGCGAGGCACUCAUCAUGAACCUGUUGUACGCGUCCGUCUUCUGUCUUCACUCGAACAUGCUGUCCGACGUGGCGGAAGUAUUUGUCGAAAUAAAGCAACACAGUCCAUUACAACUAGAGGAGUACGUUAAGAAGGCGGUCGAUUCGCUGCCAAAGAAGAACAGUGGCGGAUCCGUCACGGUCACGCACGAACAGAUGGUACAGUUUGUAUCGAACAUUGUCAAAUCCCAAACACCAAGGGCCACGACGCAAACACUGCAAGACUUUGCUCGAUUAUAUCGAUAG